CGGCGCUCUACUCUGUAUUUGAUCACACCCUGAAACCCUUAUAGCUUCCGAUAUUCCACCAACCAUGUAUCGAGUAGCCGUUUUUCUCCUCUUUGUGUCAACGACUGUUCGAGCCACCGAUGUCCAAUACUGUGAGGAGAAUGCAGAGUACGAAGUAAAAGUGAAAGAGGUUGAUGUAUCGCCUUAUCCUAUAGUUCGAGGCGAGCUAGCGACCUUUACCAUCUCUGCCAACACAGGCCGUAGGAUCUCUGGUGGGAAGCUCGUGAUUGAAGUUUCGUACUUUGGAUGGCACGUUCACUCUGAGACGCAUGACCUUUGCACUCAGACUACUUGCCCUGUACAAACCGGAGAUUUCUUGGUUGCACACUCUCAAGUUCUUCCUGCCUAUACUCCUUCCGGUUCGUACUCGCUGCAAAUGAAGAUGCUUGAUGCGCAGAAUAAGGAGUUAACGUGCUUUAGCUUCUCUAUCGACAUUGGAUCCGCACCAUCUGUGGUGGCCGACAUGUAGAGAAAAUUCACCUGGCGAAUACUGUUAAUCACUUUAUUUGCCACUGUAUAAAUAGUUUCUUAGAUUUGGUUAUUUUCUACCUCUUAUCAGUUAUGCUAGAGCUGGAUUUUCUUUUUUUUCAUCAUUAAUAUAUAUAUAUACACAUGAUAAAGUGUUUCUGCUGUUCCAAUCAACAUAUCACCAGGCCACGUGGCAUCAGUCAAGUGGUUGAACGGUAUAAUAGUUAGAUGUGGACGAGAUGUAGAGAAUGUAAUGAGA